AGGCAUUGAUUUAUUGAAUUGUAAUUGCAGUGUUUGGAGGAGAGAUGGAUUCAUUCCUACCGAAUGCUGUGUUGACCUAUGACUUUGUCCCUGACUUUGGACUUUUGUCAGAGGUCGGAUGCGCUGCCGGUGGUUUGAAUCCAAGUGGAGGAGUAGAGGAGAAAAUCCCAACAAUGUUGGGAUGGAGAUGUGAUGAUGGAGGAAUGGAUUUUGUCCUUCCUAGUGCGGUCCUUGACAUUGUCCCGAACAACGGACAUUUGUUAGACAGACACGCCGGUAGUUCACAUCCACGAGGAGGAGUAAAGGAGUUUACUCCUGCAUUUGAGGAGGCGAACAGCCCCAAAGAAAAAUGCGAGAAUAAAAUCUUGAAAUCAUUAAAGAAGGUGUGGAAGAAUGCAAAGCACCCAUUCCUUCAUAAUGAUAAAGUGGAAACACUGAUUCCUUCAGAGCUUAAUGCUGAUUUAGCUAAUCCUAAUCUAAAGGAUGAUGCUGGUCUGGCCAGCUCUGAAUUAAAAACUAAAAUCAAACCGGACAAACGAAAGGCAUUCUUUGGCUGUCUCUGGAGGGGCAAGGUGGAGUCAGUGCCGACUCCACAGCUUACAGCGGAUCCAGCUAUCCCUGAUGUUAGGGAAGUUGUUGAUCUUGCAUCACAGUCAAAGACCGACGUUGGUCCGAAGAAACAGAAACAAAAGGCUUCAAAGAGCCGCAAAUCUAACCUCCAGGGGAAAAAAGUGACUGUUGUGCCAACUCAACAGCCCAAGGCCAUUUCAGAUAUUCCUGUUGGCAUGGAUGUUCCUGAUCUGACCGGCCCCCAAUCAAAAACAAAGAUUCGUCCGGAUAAACGCAAGACAUUGAAGCAACGCUUCCUUGGAUGCUUCCGGAGGGGCAAAGUGGAGUCAAUGCCGACUUCACAGAUUGAAGCCGAUCCAGCUAUCCCUGAUGCCAGGGAAGUUAGAGAUCUGGGAGAUUCUCAAUCAAAGAUUGUUGGCUUAAAGAAACACAAACAAAAGGCUUUAAAGACGCGCUUAUUUCACAACCCUUGGAGAAAAAAAGGGAAGAGUAAAGUGAAAAAAGACGCCGAUCCAGCUAUUCCUGAUGCCAUGGAUGGUGCUGAUAUGGCCAGUUUUGGUGGCAUUGCUGCAGCCAAUGCCAGGCUACAGAAGAUAGGUGCCAUUCCAGCUAAUAUCGGACUAAAAGGUGGCGGAAAUCCCGACCCAAAUAAAGCCAAAAAUCCUGGGCCAGAAGAUGAUAAAGUUGUCAGGCCAAAAGCUCUUGGAAAUCCCAGAAAUCCUGGGCAAGAAGAGGAUAAAGUUGUCAGGCCAAAAGCUUUUGGAAAUUCCAGACAUCCUUGGCAAGAAGAUGCGAAAGUUGCUUUUCAACGAGCUAUUAAAGCGCUAAGCGAUAUGAAACUAGAUGAUCCAGUGCCUAAAGAAACUUUUGAUUCUAAAUAUGAACUCUUGGAGGAUAAAGUGAUUGGGCGCGGUGGCUCUGGCAAAGUCUACAAAGGGAUCCGUAAAUCGGAUGGCACUCCGGUUGCCGUCAAGCGAAUAUACAAAAGAGAGAGUGAAAGAUAUAUUAAGAUUCCUGGAUACCCCGAACCGCUCAUUACAGAAGUGGCGCUGAUGCUUACGUUGAGAAAUGCGCCCUCAUGCCCCAAAGUCAUACAGAUGUAUGACUGGUAUGAGAAUAAACACGAUUUCACGCUCGUGUUGCAGUACCCUCAGCACUGCGUAUCCUUGAGGCGUUUUGUUACUCGUCGAAGAAAACUGAGUGAAGAUACAGCAAGAGUUCUCAUGCGUCAGGCAGUACGAGCAGUGGAACACUGUCUGGAUAAUGGAGUUUUUCAUACAGACCUCCAUGCCAAGAACUUCUUGGUGCAGAAACCAACAAUGAAGCUGAAGUUAAUUGACUUUGGGCUUGGACAUCUUCUUAAGGAUGAUGGCUAUAAGUCCUACGACUUUAUAGGAGCUCCAUCUUGCACCCCGCCUGAGACCAAAACAGCUAAGAAAUUCCACGCCAUGCCAGUAAACGUCUGGGCCUUAGGUGUUUUGCUGUACUUCAUGGUGCUUGGAACUUACCCCUUUCCUUACCACGACUAUUAUUUGGACAACCUGAAAAAAGAUGAGGGUUUAUCAAAGGAAAUCUGUGAUCUGAUAAGAUGGUGCCUGGCCGAGAAACCAAAAAAACGUCCCACGCUCAAGCAGAUCUUGGAUCAUGACUGGUUUUAUUUAGACUGGUAAACUGAGUCUAACAAAGAAGAGCUA